AUGAACAGAGUCGUCAAGAUGAUUGAAGGAAGUGUCGAUGCUCCUUCAAUCGUGAGAAUUAUACGUUUCAACAUUAAACUUAUAAAAUUUUGUUAA